AUGCCUAACGUAUCGUUUGACGUGUUUUUUGAUAAGGACUUUAUCAAUAUCACUGCCACCCGAGGCAUCACAGCCCCCAAGGCGAAGCCUGACUGGAAAGUUCGAACGGCUCCAAAACUACCUCCAAAACAAACACCUGUCGACAACAGCACUAGCGGCCGCACUCCUCGACCUCCUCCGCGAGAGAAGUUGACCUCGACUCGCCAGUCUCUGAACCCCAAGCAACAGCCUCACGCGGCUCAGGGGAAAGUGACUGAACUCUCUGACACAGCCUCGCAGACUAGUGAACAACCUAGACGCAAGCCACCAAAACUCGGACCCAGGAAGUCGGCGCCCUCCACGACUCCCGCUACAACUUCAUAA